GAUGCAGUGACCCGAGCAGGAGGUGCCGCGUGCCCCGCUUAAUUUCUAGAUGCUGCUGAUACGGUUCAUAUACCUCACGGCUUCACGUUGGAAUUGCCAGGAUAUAUAGGGGAUCUUCCGGGGAAGUCUUUCCCUCCCCCGCCUCCCAUCCAUUUCUUCGUUAAUCCCUCUUUCUGAUUCCGAUAUAGGAGUCUGCUAUUCCGCAUCCAUGGGGGAGUUUGCGCCUAUCCUCCCUUUCGUGGAAAUGGACCCCGACUUGGAGCUGAUGAGGCAGCUUGCAGAGCUCGACGGGUGUGCUACGGAGAGCCCAAGCAUGGGAUUGUUGAUGGACUACUCCGAUGAUUACUACUUGCCUCAUCAGCCAUACUUCUCGGUGCCAUUUAUGGAUGACUCGUCCGGUGUGCCUGCGGAAUACCAAAAGCCGGUCGCGGAGCCGCCGCCUGUGGGCCCUACCGAAGAACAGAGUCAUGGAGCCAGCAAAAGGAAGGCGAUCGCAGCACCCGAUACAAGUUCCGUGAACUGUGCAGGUCUCUGCUCGGUCACGAGGAGGAAGAAGAAUGUAUGUAAGCUCGGCUUUCAGGGCUCGGAGAGUGGGAAGACACACAAAAGCAAUUCGAAGGAGGUGGUUCACGUGAGGGCGAGAAGAGGGCAAGCCACUGACAGCCACAGCCUAGCCGAGAGGGUGAGAAGGAAGAAGAUCAAUGAAAGAAUGCGAUGCUUACAAGACCUUGUUCCUGGAUGUUACAAGACGAUGGGCAUGGCAGGGGUGCUGGAUGAGAUAAUCAACUAUGUGCAGUCACUGCAGAACCAAGUUGAGUUUCUUUCCAUGAGACUUUCGGCCGCCAGCUCUUUUUAUGACUACGGCAUGGGAGUCGAAGCGAUCACAACAAAUCAGGUGAACCCUUGCACGGAACAUUUAAAUUGCCUGUUCAUGUGCAAUGUCGAUAGGGGAGGAGCUUGUUCUUGUUCUUAUGCUGCCUAAGCUAAUAGAACAGUCGAAGGACUGUUCCUUCACGAAAUCUGGCGUAGAUAGAGUCCAGUUUGAAUGGUCGGAGAGGGGAAGAUUCUCACCGUCUUGUCAGUUUUCGGCUAUACUAAGAAUCCUAUGUGAAGGAAGUUGAAUUAGUUCCGAAAUCACCAAACACCUAAAUGCUGAAAAGUGAACUUAUGGAGGUUGUGAAUCCUCAAAUCUUGCGAGUAUCCAUAGGAGGAAGCAUAACUGGACCUGAAGCUGAAUGGA